AUGGCAGUGGCAUUUGGGGAUAUAGCUAUGUCCUAUCUCCGGUCUCAAACUAUCUCUAUCCGCCAUUUUGAAACUAGAACUGUCAGAUUUGCCGCCAUGUGUGCCGCACUGCGUAUUUCACUUAUAUUGUCUGUGGUACUCUUCAUAAGUACAUGCUAUUCUGCUACGAUCCCAAGAAACUUCGACUCUCGGCUGAACGAUGACAUUAUUAUCCCGCCAAAAAAGCGGCCAUUUUGUAAUGCAUUCACAGGAUGCGGUAGGAAACGCUCUCAAAGUCCACCCGGGAUGCCGCUUCAAGAAAUAAUGCGGCAAAGGCAGCUCGACGAUGACAUGGCCUACGCGGACCCAGAUACUGCCAUAGAGGAGCUCACCCGUCAAAUCUUAUCUGAAGCAAAACUUUGGGAGGCGAUACAAGAAGCCAGCGCUGAAAUAGCCAGGCGAAAACAGAACGCAUUACAGUAAAUGACGUUUGACGUUUGACGUUUUGACAGAUGCCAAAUGGAUCUGCGCUAUAAGCCCAUCGAAAUUUUGUACCAUAGAC